GCUUAGUCACCGUGAGUUACAGCUUUCCCCCUCCGAUGUGGAGUCCUGCUCGACAGACCGUGAUGGAGGAAUUGAGCUAGCAUACGUGGGGGUUCCCUUUAUUUGCACAAAUUUAACAGUGGUCUGCAUGGUGCAAAUUCGAGGCAACUUGGAAGAAGGUCUCUCUGGAGAAGGUCAUCCAUCAUCUUGCCCCACCCCCUGUCUUCAUUCCAAGAGGGUCCACAUGACACUUGUGACACAUUUGGCACUUGUCUGUUAGUGCCGUUCAGAGUCAACAAGCUUCUGACUGCUGCAUCUUCAGCGUCCGAGUCUUCGGACCCAGGCAAAAGUGUUGAUCAGACCAGGUUUUAUUUAACUCUUCUUUUAAAGCUAAGAGUUAUAAAGUUUGUCUUCAUUUGAGCCAAAUCCGUUCCAUUGGUGUCUGAGAAACUGUUUUGUGGUAGCCAUUUGAGCAGUCCGAAUAAACUUUUUAAAGCAAAGCUACAGUUUAGCAGGUGAAAUAUAGACACUGUCACCUUAUUGCAACCAUAAGGAAUGAUCACCAAGUUUCUAUCCACAGCACUGAGGAGUGGAAAGAAAAACAGUUCUGUUGCCAAAGCAAACAGCCGAACGUAUUGGGAACCCGAGUCAUAGUUCAACAUUAACUUUUAUUUUUUUUGCAAAGUUAACAGUAGGACGUGACUAGGGGAAACCUUCAGAUAUUUUCAUCAUGUUGGAACUGUGUGUAAAAACACACCAAGCCACAACUGCAAGUUCAACUCCAACCCUCCUGUGAUGCCAAGAAGGCUGAACUCAGAUACUGAACAGGGCAAAGAAGCUUUUAUUUUGGGAAAAAAACCUUYUGUUCAGACGAUAGGCAWUAUUCCGAGGAAACUGGAGCUGUCACUUGUGUAGAAACGUUGUUUUUUAUUUUUUACACAUGUCUGCAUGUGGUGUAGGGAUGCUCCAUAGCGCUGUGCACAGUUCAGGAGAAAGAGUUUGAAGAGGAGGAGGAGAAAGGGUUUGUAGGAAAUGACAGAGUGUCUGACAGAAUACAAAGCGUUGGUGACUCCCUCCACGCGCAAUGGUCACCGCGUCUUCAGCUACACACUGGAGAGCCACACGUCGGCCGCCUUCGCCAUCAUGAACGAGCUGCGGCUGGAGCGGCAGCUGUGCGACGUCACGCUGCGUGUGCGCUACAAAGACCUGGAGGCUGUGGACUUCGUGGCUCACAAGGUGGUUUUGGCUUCCUCGUCCCCCGUCUUCAGGGCCAUGUUCACCAACGGCCUGAAGGAGUGUGGCAUGGAGGUGGUUCCCAUUGAAGGAAUUCAUCCCAGGGUCAUGGACAGACUGAUAGAGUUCGCCUACACUGCCAGCAUCUCUGUGGGAGAGAAGUGCGUUAUCCAUGUGAUGAACGGGGCUGUCAUGUACCAGAUCGACAGCGUGGUCAAAGCCUGCUGCGAUUUCCUUGUGCAGCAGCUCGACCCCAGCAACGCCAUCGGCAUCGACAGCUUCGCCGAACAGAUCGGCUGCACGGAGCUGCACCAGAAGGCCAGAGAAUACAUCUAUAUGAACUUCAGCCAAGUAGCAACCCAGGAGGAGUUCUUCAACUUGUCUCAAUGCCAGCUGGUCAACCUCAUCAGCCGUGACGAGCUCAACGUGCGGUGCGAGUCCGAAGUCUUCCAGGCCUGCGUGGCCUGGGUGCGCUAUGACCAAGAGAACCGGCGACCAUACGUUCAAGCCUUGCUCCAGGCUGUCCGCUGCCAUUCCCUCACCCCCAACUUCCUCCAGACCCAGCUCCAGUCUCUGGACUGGGACCCUGAGUGUAAAGACUACUUGGCCCAAAUCUUCCAGGACCUCACGCUUCACAAACCGACCAAAGCGAUCCCUUGCAGAACGCCCAAGGUGCCGCAGCUCAUCUACACAGCAGGGGGUUAUUUCCGCCAGUCUCUCAGUGACCUGGAGGCUUACAACCCCUGCACUGGAGCCUGGCUGAGGCUGGCUGACCUGCAGGUGCCCCGCAGUGGCCUGGCAGCCUGUGUGAUCAGUGGGCUGUUCUAUGCUGUGGGGGGUAGGAACAACGCACCUGAUGGUAACAUGGACUCCAAUGCUUUGGACUGCUACAAUCCCAUGAACAACUGCUGGCGUCCGUGUGCGCCCAUGAGCGUCCCCAGGAACCGAAUCGGGGUCGGCGUCAUCGACGGCAUGAUAUACGCAGUGGGCGGUUCUCACGGGUGCAUUCAUCACAACAGUGUGGAAAAGUAUGAUCCAGAAAGAGAUCAGUGGCAUCUGGUAGCUCCCAUGUUAACGCGCCGUAUAGGUGUGGGUGUUACGGUGAUCAACCGGCUGCUUUAUGCUGUUGGUGGGUUUGACGGCGCCAACCGGCUCAGCUCCUGCGAAUGCUACAACCCUGAGAGGGACGAGUGGAGGACCAUGGCCCCCAUGAACACAGUGCGAUCUGGAGCAGGUGUGUGCGCACUGGGCAAUCAGAUCUUUGUCAUGGGAGGAUACGACGGCACCAACCAGCUGAACACUGUGGAGCACUACGAUGUGGAAACAGAUGCGUGGAACUUUGCUGCCUCCAUGAAGCACAGGCGCAGUGCUCUGGGAGUUACUGCCUUACAUGGACGCAUCUAUGUAAUGGGAGGUUAUGAUGGCACCACAUUCCUGGACAGUGUGGAGUGUUACGACCCAGAGACGGACACCUGGUCUGAGGUGACGCACAUGACGUCAGGGCGGAGCGGCGUGGGUGUGGCCGUCACCAUGGAGCCGUGCCAAAAGGGUCUGUUGCAGUGUCAGCAGACGGGGGAAAGUGAGUCUUCGUCUGCCGGUCUGUCUGCCAGCUGGAGUAUUAGCAACAGUCCGUGCAACAGCGUACCCUUUGACAAAGGCACAUGACUUCAGCGCUGGAGGUUUUCACACCCUGAAAGUUUAACUCUGUUCUAAUCGAGACAAAUGCAGAGAUGAGCUGAAUGACCACAUCCUGCCUCAUUAAAUUUAGAAAUAUUAAACAAACCAGUUGUAUUUUGUUCUCAGUGCACUGCUGAUUUUCCUCUGUAAGAUGACUGUAAUUAUCAGCACCCAGUGAAUCAAAAAUCUCAUUUAAUCUUGUUUUAUGUAUGUUUUUGAUUGUUUAUGAAUUUGACUCGGUUGACAUUUUAACUGGCUUUAACCACUCACCAGAAAAGGGCUGUAAACUAAAAAUAAAAAGUUGUUUUAUUGUCUUUAAAAAAUCAGGGUGUAAUCCAGUGGGACAGUAAAGUGCUAGAAUCUGAUGACAAAAACAUUUUCUCUGUAGGCCUGAUGUGAUCGUAUGUAUGAAGGAGCUCUGGUGCUGGAUCGAUGGUUGUAGUUAACAGAGUUGUCACAAGAGGGCGCUGCUGCAUCUCAGUGGGCUUCAAGCAAGAAUCUUUAGAUUUUUCAUUCAAAAUGCCUAAAUAUAAAAAUUUUCUUUACUCAGMUUUCUGUUUGACUUUUAAAAGUGCAUCAAAAACAGAAGUUUAAACAGUCUGUAGUGUUGUUAUAAAUAGAAGUUAUUUCAUGUUGAAGUACAGGUAAAUUAGAAGCAGUGAUUUUUCCCUACAGUGGGCAGCAAACAACCACACAACAUUUCAGAAGUGGUAAAUGGGAAACCUUUCAAAAUAUUUUAUUCCUGUAGUUCAGUGUUAUGUGUCUUCAGCUUACAACUGAGUCCACACCAAUCAGCCAUAACAUUAAGACCACCGACAUGUACAGUAGAGGGAUAUAGUUUAAUGCUACACCGUUCUUUGCUCCAAAAACGAGCAUCUUGGCAUUCUUGUGGAUAAUAUUUUGACACUAUUUACUUAAAACUUUUUGCAGCACAUUCACACCACCAACAUGUCGGUAGUCUACCCAACAGCAGUAACGGGCAUUGAAAGAACUGCCUAGAAAUGACUCGAAGAGCACAACCAAAAGUCCCUAGAAAAAAGGUAAAAUGGCUGAUUGUGAUUUAUUUAUUUGUUAUAUCAAAAUUUUCAGGUACAAAAAUAUGAUGAAAUGUGUUUUUUGAGAAAUAUUAGAUAUGAAUGUCACCAAAAGCAAAUUUGUGUCCAUGAAUGGUUCUUGCGUGAAGCCCAUUGUCUCAGAUUCAGUUGUAGGCAGAAGUCAACCAGGACUUUACUGAAACCGUAUCACAACCAAUACGACCUCUCACUUUAGCACCAACUUGGGAUGUUUGCAAAACAGGAACUUAAAAAAAAUACAUAAAAAUAAAAUGGCUCUGCAUUUAUACAACCUUGGUUUAGAUUUCUCACCGAGAGUUUUUUAUACAAUAAAUUUUCACUCUAACCUCUGACAGAAUCCAGGAAGUCCCACAUGCAUCUGGAUUUCUUUUGAUUUUCAUAAACCGGAAACCUCAAAAACAAAGGUGACCAUGUCUGCUCGUUAGUGUUAAUGUUGUACACUAAUGACAGAAACCCGCUUAAAAAGUGUGUUUGUAACAGCAGUUUAAGCUACGGAUAUUUUGAGAUGUUUUGUACAUUGAUAAUCUAAGACAUCCUGUACAGAAUUCAAGAGUUGACUUUUAUUUAUUUGUUCAGAACCUUUGUGAUUUUUGUUGUUGCUUUAAACUGACAUCAGCUUUGUACUAAAUUUAAGGUAGUAUUUUUGAAUAACUAGCAUGCUUUGUAAGUAAGUGUGGGAAUUUCUGUUCAUAAUUAUUUUAGAAUGUUUAAAAAACACUUGGAUAUUUUUUGUCCAAUCAGUAGUUGGAAUGAGAAUUAAAACAUUUGUCUGCUUUGUACAUUUUUCCAGCAAAAAUUAUAAAUGUUUCUUGUUCUGCUGUACUUGUUUGUUUGUUUUUACUGUUAAUUUUGCCAGUAUUUUGCCUACAUUCACAUGUGAUUUGUGCCAGUGAAGGACUGUAAAAUAUUAUUUUGAAAUCCUCCCAACACAUGAGACUGAUAAGAUCACACAAGACAGUGAAGGUCUGAAUAAGGAAAAUCUUAUAUUUUAUGUACCUUAUACACUAAAGUUGGACAAAUUGU